AUGGAUUGUGUGAUUUGUCUCGACGAGGUCGACUCGGAUCACGGUAGUUACUGUUGUUCAAGGUGUCGUUUUAUCGUCCAUGUGGAAUGUGCUACAAAGGUAAACUGGUACUCUGUAAUAGAGUCGGUUGAAAAGUACGACGAUGAUUCGACAUCAUUGUCUGAAGAAUCUAGGGAUUCUUAUAUUGUUAUCGGAAGGAAUGAAGAAGGAAAAGUAACAAAGAUCAGACAUUUUUGUCAUGAACGUGAUCUAAUAUCGAGUGACAUGAUCCCGGAGGAGUACAAGUUUUGUGAUGGUUGCACAUCACUUAUCUCGGAUUCAUUUUACUGUUGUUCGGAAUGUAACUUUUUUCUUCACAAGAAAUGUGUUGCAUUUCCUAGGAAGCAACAUUUUUGGCUUCACGAGUGCGAGAGACCAGUCAUCCUUGUUGCAGGCAACAUUUUCAAAUGCUCCUAUUGUCGGCGCAUCUGCAAUGGCUUUGCCUAUGACUGCCCUCGGUGUGGGAUAAAUUCGUGCCUUCAGUGUGCAACUCCUUAUACUCUAACAUUUGAAGGACAUGAACAUCCUCUCUUCUUCUUAUACAUGUAUGAAAGGUCGUGCACAGGUUGUGGUGAGGAAAUAAGUGAAGAACGAAACCCGAGUCAUUGGUUUUAUUGCUGUGGAAUUUGUGACACUUCUGCUCAUCUCUAUUGUGUCGUCCGAAUGGGAGAAUAUCCGUUUAUCAAACCCGGAAAAAUCUACAAAGAAGGAGAGCAUCCGCACCCUCUGAGAUUUGUGAAGAAAAUGUAUUAUUAUCCGGAAUGCUUUGAAUGUGGUGUUCCUUGUCAAGAUUUAGCUCUGCAGUGUAUGGAGCCAGGAUGUGAAUUCAUUGUCCACUGGGAAUGUGCUUGCCCUUCUGAUUUGAGGGAAUGA